AUGUCAUCAAAUAAUAAUAUUAAUAAUAAUAAUAAUAAUAAUAAUAGUAGUAAUGGAAAUGGAAAUAAUGAUGAAUAUUUACCAGAGACACAAAAAACAAAAAAAAGAUUAUUAGAUUUAGAUGAAGAUAAUCCAACACCAGCCGAUGAUAAUGAUACUACCGAAGAUGAUGUUGAGAUUCAAAAAGAAGAUACUAAAGGUACAGAAUAUGAACAAUCGCCACUAAUGAAUAAGUCAACUUCAACAACCACUUCAACAGGAAACCAUGAAGAAGCCAGAAAGAACCCAAUUAUGUCACCAAUGAUGGGCGGUGUUGUUAUUGAUGCAAAUCCAAAUUUUGAAGAGGGUUCAGAGUAUUUUAGUGGUAGAAAACUUAUUUCAACUUCAGAUAGUGGUUCAAGCGAUCUUAGCGAUAGUGAAGAUAUGCCAGCCAAAGCAAAGAAUGAAGAAAUUACUAGAUUGCAAAAUCAACUAAUUGGGACCAAUAUGAAAAAGAAAAAGAGAAAGAUUAGAAAGAAGGAGGGUAGAAUUUUUGAAUUGUUGGAAAAGCGUUUGGGUUCACAAGCUUUAAGAGAAGGAUUUUUGGGUUCACAAUUUAUUUCAUUUGAUUGGCCAUAUGAGCUUGUUUUGGUACGUCAUGGUCAAAGUGAAGGAAAUGAAGCCCAAGCUAGAUCUAAAAGAGGUGAUCUUUCUGCAUACACUGACGAAUUCAAGAAAAAGCACUCAUCUGUCUAUCGUUUAACUGAUAAGGGAGUAUUACAAGCAAAAAUAGCAGGAAAAUGGGUACGUGAAAAUAUUGCUGAAGUUUUUGACCGUUAUUACACCUCAGAGUAUGUAAGAGCUAUGGAAACUGCAGCUUUAUUGGGUUUAAAAGACGCAAAUUGGUUAACAGAAAUUCAAUUACGUGAACGUGAUAAAGGUAAAAUGGAUAAUAUUUCUUGGACUGAAAAGAACGAAAGAUUUAGCCAUGACUUGGAAAUGAGAAAAAGAGAUAGCUUUUUCUGGGCUCCACCCAAUGGGGAAUCAAUUGCAGGAGUUUGCCAAAGAGUAGAACAUACUUUUAUCACUUUAAGAAGAGAAUGUGCUAAUAAACGUGUUGUUAUUGUUGCACAUGGUGAAAUUAUGUGGGCAUUUAGAGUACGUUUAGAGCGUUUAAGUCAAAUUCGUUUCCAUCAACUACAAUCAUCCAAAGACCCAAGAGACCAAAUCCACAACACCUCAAUUCUUUGGUACACUCGUGUACACCCAAAAACUGGUGAAAUCUUCCCAUACUUUAGAUUUUUAAGAUCUGUAUGCCCAUGGAAACCUGAAUACUCUGCACCUGCGUGGAUGGAAUUUGAAAGACCUGUAUACACCAAUCAAGAGCUAUUAGAGUCUGUAAGAACUGUUCCUAGGUUUGUAAACAAUAUUGAUUUUGACCCGGAAAAGGAAUUAGAAGCAAUAAAUAAGCAAUCAAAAUAA